AUGUUUAACGGACCUAAGCAUGAAAGCAUGCUCACAGUGAACAAAAGGCAGUACUUGAUUUUGAGCAAUGCCGGAAGGGGUGGCUGCUCGAAAGUUCUCAAAGUUCUCAGCCAGGAUAUGGAAUUGCUGGCCAUAAAGUGCGUGAAGGUCCCCGCUUCGUCGCAUUUUGGAACAACUCUUGUUUCGUACGCAAACGAAAUGGAGUUGCUCAAGAAACUCCGAGGUUUUUCAUCGAUCAUCCAACUCCUCGAUGCGGAAGAUCAGUACGAUUGUAGAACCAUCAAGAUGGUCAUGGAGUACGGGAACGUUUACUUUGCGAAAAUCCUACUCCGCAAUAAGAGUAGGAGUAUGGAGGAUCACUUCACGAGGGGUCGCUGGCUGCAAAUGGUCAAGGCUGUGCACACCAUUCACGAGGCUAAAAUCAUUCAUGGAGAUUUGAAACCAGCAAACUUCUUGGUCGUCCGAGGAGAGUUGAAGUUAAUAGAUUUUAGGAUUGCGAAAGCCAUCACUAGCGACGACACGACAAAAGUUUUUCGGGAAGCUCAGUCCCCGGAGGCCUUAGUGAACGAGAAUCGAGAUCCUAGAGCAUGGAAUGAGUACGGCACUAACUCAGAAACUGAUCUGCAAUCAGUAAGGUACCGAGUGGGGCGUGCAAGUGAUAUCUGGAGUUUAGGUUGCAUCUUGUAUCAAAUGUUGUGUGGAAGAGCGCCCUUCCUGAACUGCAUUCAGAAUCCAAAGUACGAAAUAUCAUACCGUCAUGUAACCGAUCCUGUUGCGCUUGAAGUCCUCCACGGAUGCCGGCAGCGCGACCCGCAAAAUCGUAUGUCCAUUCCAGACCUUAUGCAACAUCCGUUCGUUUACCUUAGCCACGAUCGCAACAUAGGCGUGGCAAAUAACAGCAUGAAAACCGCGAGCAUCUCAGAGGAAGAUUUGCUCCCUGUGACCAUGGAUUUUCUGGACAUUGUGAAAAGAGAAGCGGUUCCUCACUCUCUUACUUCCAAUGUGGUAGAUGAUAGCGACCUGGCACUUUUGCCCAACAUCAUGAAAGCCUUCAUCCCCUGUAUUCUGAAAAGGCUCGGAAAGCUAUUGGCCCCAGUGACACCAGCUCCGUCUGCGACGGGAAAAAGUAAUUAUCAGAACCAGUCCUGGAAAGGGGGAGCUUCCCCAACGACAUGA